GCUAGCAAUCAGCUGUUUAUCCAAAUUUAAAGAUAAAUAGUAUCAAUUGUUUGGGUAAAAACAGUUUUAUCGUGUUGAAAAAUUAUCAGUAAAUUUAUCUCAAUAAAUCAUGAAAAAAAUAUACUGUGACAACUGAUAGUUAAUGAAUUUAAAAUAUGUUCUUUGAUGUAAUUUAAAAAUUUGAUGAAACUGGAAGAGUCUUAAAAAUGUGACAUUGUUACAAUUUGGACAUUGCACAGCAUUAAAAAAAAAUAUAUAUAUAUAUAUUCAAUAUGGAUUGGAAAAGAUGUGAAGAGACAUGGACUUUUCCAAAAGUUGAAGCAGCUGAUAAUUUAAAAAUUGAGACAGAUGAUUUACCCCAAAAAGAAGAAAUUGAAAUUAGUUCAAUUCUUAAACCAAAUUCAAACGAUGUUCGUGAAUUUGUUUGUGGAUGGGGAUCGGCUGUUAUUAAUAUUACAGUUACUUAUCCUAUAAAUAAAAUUAUUUUUAGACAGAUUUUGGAUGGUGUACCUGCAAAUGCUGCUAUACGUCAAUUAUCACAAGAAGGUUUUAGUCUUUUAUAUCGAGGGAUACUGCCUCCUCUUUGUCAAAAAACUCUUUCAUUGAGCAUAAUGUUUAGUGUUUAUGAAGGUACAAAAGAAAGAAUUAGUAUAUUGACAGGAAAUAAAGUAUUUGCAAAAAUUUUAGCAGCCAAUAUUGCUGGAGCAACUGAAGCAACUUUAAUGCCAUUAGAAAGAGUACAAACUCUAUUGCAAGAUUAUCGUUAUCAUAAUAAAUUUAAAAAUACAACUCAUGCUUUUAAUUAUAUAUUAACAAAAUAUGGUGUUCGUGAGUGUUAUCGUGGACUUGUUCCCAUUAUUUAUAGAAAUGGACUUUCAAAUCUCACAUUUUUUACGCUAAGAGAUAAAUCAAAAGAAUUAAUGGGUGAUAGACAAUCAAUUUUAAAAAAUUUUAUUUCUGGUGCUGUUAUUGGUGGUUUCACGAGCACAGUGUUCUAUCCCUUUAAUGUAAUAAAAAUUCACAUGCAAACAAAAAUAGGUGGUAAUUUUGAUAAAUUUACUAUAACUGUACGUGAAUUGUAUAUUGCUCGAAAUCGUAGUAUAACGAGUUUUUAUAAAGGUGUUCAUUUAAAUUACAUGAGAUCAUUCAUUAGUUGGGGCGUUAUAAAUGCAGCUUAUGACUUUUUAAAGAAAAUAGUCUUUUGACGAAAACAACAACUUUAGAUAAUUGUUCAGCUAUUAUUAAAAAAUGUUAUGUAGAGAAAAUUUAUUAUUGAUUAAUUUUACAAGUUAUGCCCUAUUGUUAUUAAAAAAAAAAUAAUUAUUUUUGUACCAACACUUUUAAUUAUGCCAUAAUUGUUAUUAAAAAUGUUAUGACUCUUUACGAGGUAAAUGUGAGAUAAUUUUAUUCUUUUGUUAAUAAAAUUAAUGUUAU